AUCACACUCCCUUUCCCGGAGCUGGGAGCAGCGCGGGCAGCCGGCGCCCCCGUGCAAACUGGGGGUGUCUGCUGGACCAGCCCCCGCCGCCGCCGCCGCCGCCCCCGGCUCUGGCCAUGGCCUGGCGGGGCUCAGUGCCGAGCGUCCUGGGGGCGCCCGGGGGCGUCGAUCUCAGUCUGCGGCUGCUGCUGCCGCUGCUGCUGUUGCUGCUGCUCCCGGGGCCAGCGCGAGGCUUCGGGGACGAAGAGGAGCGGCGCUGCGACCCCAUCCGCAUCUCCAUGUGCCAGAACCUGGGCUACAACGUGACCAAGAUGCCCAACCUGGUGGGGCACGAGCUGCAGACAGACGCCGAGCUGCAGCUGACAACUUUCACGCCGCUCAUCCAGUACGGCUGCUCCAGCCAGCUGCAGUUCUUCCUUUGUUCGGUGUAUGUGCCAAUGUGCACAGAGAAGAUCAACAUCCCCAUCGGCCCAUGUGGCGGCAUGUGUCUUUCGGUCAAGAGGCGCUGUGAACCUGUCCUGAAGGAAUUUGGCUUUGCCUGGCCAGAGAGCCUGAACUGCAGCAAAUUCCCACCCCAGAAUGACCACAACCACAUGUGCAUGGAAGGGCCGGGUGAUGAAGAGGUGCCAUUACCUCACAAGACCCCCAUCCAGCCUGGAGAAGAGUGCCACUCCGUAGGAACCAACUCGGAUCAGUACAUCUGGGUGAAAAGGAGUUUGAACUGUGUUCUCAAGUGUGGCUAUGAUGCUGGCUUAUAUAGUCGCUCGGCCAAGGAGUUCACAGACAUCUGGAUGGCCGUGUGGGCCAGCCUGUGCUUCAUCUCCACUGCCUUCACAGUGCUGACCUUCCUGAUCGAUUCUUCCAGGUUUUCCUACCCUGAGCGCCCCAUCAUAUUUCUCAGUAUGUGCUAUAAUAUUUAUAGCAUUGCUUAUAUUGUCAGGCUGACUGUAGGCCGGGAAAGGAUAUCCUGCGAUUUUGAAGAGGCAGCAGAACCUGUUCUCAUCCAAGAAGGACUUAAGAACACAGGAUGUGCAAUCAUUUUCUUGCUGAUGUACUUUUUCGGAAUGGCUAGUUCCAUCUGGUGGGUUAUCCUGACACUUACUUGGUUUUUAGCGGCAGGACUCAAGUGGGGUCAUGAAGCCAUUGAAAUGCACAGCUCUUAUUUCCACAUUGCCGCCUGGGCCAUCCCUGCAGUGAAAACCAUUGUCAUCUUGAUCAUGAGACUGGUGGACGCUGAUGAACUCACUGGCCUGUGCUAUGUGGGAAACCAAAACCUCGAUGCCCUCACAGGCUUUGUGGUGGCCCCCCUCUUCACUUACUUGGUGAUAGGAACUUUGUUCAUCGCUGCAGGUUUAGUGGCCUUGUUCAAAAUUCGGUCCAAUCUUCAAAAGGAUGGGACAAAGACAGACAAGCUGGAAAGGCUGAUGGUCAAGAUUGGGGUCUUCUCUGUCUUGUACACGGUUCCUGCCACCUGUGUGAUCGCCUGUUAUUUCUAUGAAAUCUCCAACUGGGCGCUCUUCCGAUCUGUUGUGUAUUUUGGACGGGAAAGUCCUGGGGCUUUGAAGACAGAUGCUAAAUGGGCACGGGUGGCCCCUGGCAUGUGUGCUGAGCCCGAGUACCUUGGCUGGACUCUGGGUCAGGGUUCUAGGAGCAUGAGAAAUGAUCCCCAGAAGGACCGGUUGAACUCCAUCUGAGACUGAGUCGCCUAGGAAAUAUAAAAUGUGAACUCCGUGUGCUGCUUGCAGACAGUUCCCAUAGCUAGCCAGGGCCCUGGAGCAUGCGUCCCCGGGUGGAGCCUGCCCUUACUCACGCUCCACUCCAGUGUCUUGGGAGUUGUGCUGAGACUCUGGCCCAGGAAAGGGAAGAAGGAGGGUGCAGCAGGGCACUGGCCUGACUGCUAGGUUAUAGGGGUUUGUAAUGCAAUUUUGUUUGGAAUGUUUCCGCGAUUGUGUGCCCAAGGCAGCACUUAGCCGAGGGCCAGGCACAGAGUAGGUGCUCAAUAUUUGUGAACAAUGAAAUAAUAAUAAGAGUACGUGGGGGAAACUAUACACCCGAGUUCUGGAGCCGUGGCCUGACAACUUUCUGGGUUUUAACCGAUCUCUUCUACAAAUCUCUUGCCUUCUCAGGGGAAAGUCUGUUUGAUCCGAAGUGGCUGUUGGUGCAGACGGGAUUAGUAGCCCUGGCAAUGUCACAGGGCUGCGGGCCUUUCCUUUCACAUUCCAGACAAUGGAGAGUGUUUAUGGUUUCAGGAAAGGAGCUUUGUGGCUGAGGAGUCAGUUACCUUAUUACCUUGACGCGACUCCAUCACCUUUUAAGUUGGUAUUUGUUAAAAAAAAAAAAAAAAAAAUUCUAUUAUUAGCACACUUACCGCGUGCCAACCACGUGUAGAGCCUUGUGUUAGGCACCAAAGGGGACGUCGUGCAGUAUAAGCUCUGUCCUUCCAAAUGACGUGGACUGAGGAUUCUGGGUCUGCUGACUUGCUGUUGGUUUUUUGGGAAGGAGCAUGGGCCUCUGAAUUGUCAUCUUUUUCACUGUGUCCAUCCCAUAAACCUCUGCAAGUCAGUAACAGGGGUUUGACAGAAAUCAUCAGCCCUAUUCCAUGACAAUCUCUGUGGGAAUCCCCUCAGAAGGCUAUGAACAUUGGCUUAAAACAGACAUGAGCUCCCACACCUAAGGUGACUGCGGGGACAGGCACUUCAUGGCUUGGGUGUUCCAUGUAAUGAAUACAGGUGAAUUUGAGGACAUCUUGCUAGGGAAAAGGUUAGGGCUGUUUUUCUUUGGUAUCUAGAAUAAGUAGGUGUGAUUGUAGCUUCCUACCUCACCAGAAGUCAACUUCCUCUUCCUGCAGGAAGCUACAGUCACACUUCUGGAGAUUUUAUUCUACAGAGCCCAAGGGCACCACUGUCCACCCUCCGCUCUGGCAAACUCCUCUUUAUCUUCCUUCAUAAAGGCCACACCUCAGGGCAGAGGAACAUGGGGUAGGGUGGAACUGACCUGAACCAUCUGGUUGAGCUACUUGGUUGAUUCAUAUCCUUUUUCCUCCACGGAGACCCGUUUCCUGAUCUCUGAGACUGCUUCUGAGCUGGCAGCUUGCUCAGGGUCCUGAAACCGGAGAAGGGGUGAUACUUUUUAUUUCCCUGAGAAGAUCUCUGAUUUUCCUCUCCCCAGUCACUCCGUCGCCUACACCCCCAAAUCAGGGAAACUACUGUGUUUAGGUUCUGAAUUGUGACUUUACCAGCACUCUGAACUCUGUCCUCUCUCAUCCCCCCUCAGCCUCCUGGUCACUGAAUUCAGGGCUUACUGUGUUAGGAACCAAGCUGGGACCUGAGGACACAGAGGAGCUUGGUAAUCUCAGCCCUGGAGGGCAGACUUAAUUUAAAAAGAUGUCACCAGGCUAGUGCAGUCUUUGGUUCCUGGUGAGGUGGCUACAGAAGCAGUUAGGGAGGAGAGCCACAGAACAGACUUUGGAAAGGAGCCCCCAAGAUCAAGCUACAUCCUGAAUUUCAUUCUGUGAUGGGAGAGAUUGGAGGGAGUUGCUUUUCCAGCCAAUUAUGUCGAGUCACUGGACUCUAACGGUUCCUUGUGUUCUUUUAUUGUAUUUGGGUUCAGAGUCCUCAUCUAGGUUUGUAUAAUGUUUGGCAGAGGACCCGGGUUAUCAUUUUUCCUCUGGGUCUAGGUCAUAGAUCUUGGAAACUCCUAGAAGAGUAUUUUGCUCCUACCAAGGAUCAGAUACCAGAGUGUUAAAUAAUGGAUUUUGUUUUACUGUGGCCUGGUCAGAGCUCUCUGCCUCUGCCUCUUGCCAUGCACAUGCACAGUAACGGCAUACUGGCUGUCACCAAGAGGGAAGUGAACCCUGACCCUCCCCAACAGGCCUCUUCCCCUUGGUGAGGCCACUUGCCCUGUAGCAACCUGUUCCUAUUUUCCCUUAUUUCCCUUCUUCUUGGCACCAGCAAAUUCCCAGUAUUUGCCCAGGUGGUUUAUAGAGAGCCUGUUUGAGGUCUUCUAUGAGCCAUGUCCUCCAGGCUUUUGUGGCUCCCUGAUCUCCUGCAGCAUUCAGUAUAUGACCACUGUCAUCUCAGAAGGCUUCUGAGAAGAGGGGCAGGAGCACCUCUGCCCCCCGAAGCCUGGUCCAUCUUCUCCCCCAGGAUGUGCACCUCUCCACAUCCUGCUCAUGGGCUCAGGCCCCAACUUCGUUGUGUGUUUUGGGAGGGGGAGGCUGCUCUCCAGCACUCUCCCAGUGGGGCAUCUAAGUGGUUCUGAAUUUUUUCCUACCUCACAGGGAUGUUGUGAGACUUUCGAAGGUCUCAAGAGGAAAGGCCCCUUGAGCUCUUUGUAGGAAAGGUGAAGUAAAUGUCAGGUGUGCUUCUUUGUGACAAGGUGAAAUGGGACUCAGCAUCUUGUGCAGCAGUCAGGCUGGUGCUCUGUGACCUGUCCUUGGAUCCCCAUGCCACCCUGCAGCUCCUUCCACCUUGAGGCCAGCCUGGGGGGGCUCUCAGAUGUUCGACAUAGAGGUACCAGGCAAACCCCUGCUACGAAUGCCCUAACAAAUUGCUGAACGUCAAAGGAAAUGGACCCUGCUUUUAAGGAUGUACAAAUGUAUGUCUGCAUUGAUGUCUGUACUGUAAAUUUCUAAUUUAUCACUGUACAAAAAAAUAAACUUUGCUAUUUAAUUUUUGUAUUAAAGGAAAAUAAAGUUUUGUUUAUUAACUA